AUGGACGAUACUUCGAUACAAGGCUCUUCCCGCCUACCUAAGGCCUUCAAGAAGCGUCGUGCACAGAAUCAGUCGGACGAUACUGCGGCUUCUUCGAGAGCUGUCUCCUUGGAGCAGGCCAUUAUAGCUAACCUUCACCUAGAAGAAAGGCUUGAAGCUGAAACUCAAGGAGAAACAAUCGAGUUCUGUCUUAAGCGAAUGCUUUCAACCAAGUCAACAAUCUCCACGGCUUCGUCUUUUGCGAAGCGUCAGCAAGCAGCAGUUGGCGUUGCUGCAAACUUCCGGGAGAUCGGUACCGGCUCCAUCGGCAAAGUGUUCGAGCAUCCCGGCACCACGUUCGCCUACAAGCUGCCUCUCACGAAGCAGGAUGAUAAGUUGUGGAAUAACUACAUCAUGCACAAGCGAAUUGAGACCGCGUUCAAUUCGCUUAAGUUUUAUCCUGGACAGGUUGAAAUUCCAAGAUGUUUCUGGUUUGCCACGCCGACCUCCCACAGCUUUUGGGAGGAGAAUCUUGAACUGUUUCCAGAUAUAUCUGGAUUCCCCCGCGAGCCCAAUCACAUUCUCUUUCUGUCCGCCUCAAGGACGAGAGCAGUUGAUGAAGAGCGAGGCCAACAAGAAAGCUUAGUGCGGCCGUAUCUCGGCCGCAUCAAGUAUGGUACGGGCGGCCAGUUCUUCUCUCUGCGAAACUUCAAGCUUCACGCCAACCAGAUCAAGGACCUGGAAAUGAAGCCAGCCGACCUGUAUCUGGGGAUGGCUCAUGCUCUUGCCGUUAUGCACUGGGUCGCCAAGAUUGACGGCAACGAUGUUGAGUUCGUCAUCGGAAGUUCUCCAGUGGCGGAGCAGGUUGUUCGCACUGACUACCGUCUUGUCGAUAUAUUGGCCCUGAAGCCAAUGACCAGCACGUACGAACUUCUGACGCACAAACCCCCUGACUUUGGCCGAAGAGUCACCUCAUUGUGGAUGAUUGACUUCGAUGACUGCCAUGAUAUGACCAUGGAUGACGCGGGCAUUAACAAGGCAGUCAAGGCGUUCAUCGAGACCAAUCACUACUGUCCCCGGCCGAAUUCAGGAGACGAUUACAUCGAGACCAUGUGGAAAGAUUUCUCAAGCAUGUACUUGUCUUUCAGUAGCACCAUCAUGACGAAGCUGGGCAAGAAGAAUGAGCUGGGAAACCUUCCGGCCAAGUUCGUCAAGAGACUCGAGGUGACAUCGAUCGGACGUCAACCGUCCAACCCUGGCGCUUCUCCCCAAGCGAAGGACCGAGGAGGCACUUCCGGUUCCAGCUCUUCAGCCGGCCGCGGUGGCUCUUCCGGUGGCACUACUCCUUCUCGUGGCCGCGGCGGCAUUCAUGACAGAUUAAGAAGCACAAAGCCAGAGAUUUUCCACGGGUUGAAGUGA